CGGGCUAGAGGGGAGGGUCCGGGAGAAGCGGGCAUAAGAGGCUCGGGGCUGCAGUAGCCCAACUUCUCACCUGCAGCCAGGCGCUCGGUCUUCGUCCCGUCCCAGUCAUGCCCUGGUUCUUUCUGGCGGCGUUGCUGGCCGCGCUGCUGCUGCUCCUGUUCCUGUCCCGCCGGCGAAUGCGGAAACCUGGUGAACCCCCUCUUGAUCAAGGCCUCAUUCCCUGGCUGGGUCAUGCCUCAGAGUUUGGCAAAGAUGCAGCUGGAUUCCUCUCCAGAAUGGAAAAGAAGCAUGGGGACAUCUUUACUGUGCUUGUGGCAGGGAGGUUUAUCACAGUACUCCUGGACCCUCACUCAUAUGACACAGUUGUCUGGGAAUCGAGCUCCAAACUGGACUUUCACAAAUACGCCAUCUUCCUCAUGGAGAAGAUUUUCGAUAUCCAGCUGACCAACUAUGAUCCUGGUUUGGAGAAAGCCAAGGUGAAACCGACCCUGCUUCACAAGAACCUGCAAGCUCUCACUGAUGCCAUGUUUAACAACCUUUGCAAUAUCCUGAAGGAUUCAGGGGACAUGAGCACAGAUUGGCAGGAAACGGGGCUGUUCCAGUUCUCUUACAAUGUGAUGCUCAGAGCCGGCUACCUGACACUGUUUGGCACUGAAGGUGAUGAUCCAGUUAGCCAAGCUCGAGAUCGGGCCCACUCUGCAAAAGUUUUCCAGAGUUUCUAUCAGCUAGACCAGCUUCUGAUGAAACUUGCCCGUAACUCUCUGUCAGGAGAGGAGAAGAAAAAAGCAUCCCUGAUAAAAGCCCAUCUUUGGAAGCUUCUUUCCCCACAAAGCCUGGUCGGCAGGGCCCACAGAAGUGCCUGGCUGGACAGCUACCAGCAGUAUCUGGAGGAACUGGGAGCUGGGGAGGAGAUGCAGGCUAGGGCCAUGUUGCUUCAACUCUGGGCCACUCAGGGCAAUGCUGGUCCUGCUGCCUUCUGGCUCCUGUUGUUCCUCCUGAAGACUCCUACUGCUCUUGCUGCUGUCAUUGGGGAAAUAGAAAGCACCCUCCAGAAGGAAGGGCAGUUGCUGACUGAGAUGGCCAGUAUUCCUCAAGAAGUCCUGGAUAGCUUGCCUAUUUUUGAUAGUGUAUUAAGUGAGAGCCUGAGACUGACAGCUGCCCCCUUCAUCACCCGAGAGGUACUGGUGGACCUGGUGCUGCCCCUGGCAGAUGGACGAGAGUACAGUCUGCGGCAGGGUGACCGGCUCCUUCUCUUCCCCUUCCUUAGCCCUCAGAGGGACGCAGAAAUCUACGAGGACCCAGAGGAAUUCAAGUAUAACCGAUUUCUGAACCAGGAUGGAAGUGAAAAGCGAGAUUUCUACAAGGCUGGAAAGAGGCUCAAGAACUACAGCCUGCCUUGGGGAGCUGGGACUAACAUGUGUCUGGGAAGGAGUCAUGCAAUCAGCAGCAUAAAACAGUUUGUUAUUGUUUUGUUGAUGCAGUUUGACCUGAAAUUGAAAAAUCCAGAGGAAAAGAUCCCCAGCUUUGACACCAGCAGGUAUGGGUUUGGACUGAUGCAGCCAGAGCACGACAUCACCAUUUGCUAUAGACCUAAGCCCAGGGGAAUGGCAAGCUCCACACGACUCUCCUUCCCAGCACCUGGUGGAACUACAGAAACUUAAAAAGUGAAUGACAAGAACAGAUUCAUUUGAACUGUCAUCUCACUUCUCUCUUUUUAAAAGGUUUGGUUUUUCUCUGCCCAAAUUCUUCCUUUCUUCCACCAACAAUCUUCCUAUUGGAAGAAAGAUUAUAUUCUGAUGUUUUGAGAUUCAGCUGCUCUUCCAGGACACAGAAUGAUUCCUCUUGUGGUUCAUAAGUUUUGCUGAAUCAUAUCAGUUUCCUGGGAGUGCCUUCUUAAAAUCAAUACAGAGGACUGUGAGCUUCCUUCUUUCAUUUUCUGUCUGCUGCUAGCAUUCCCUUCUAUAGAGGCAGAAGAUGGAGUUCAGUCAUCAAGAAAAACCUGCAGAAACUUAUAAGAACUGAUGCAUAAUGAAGUGAACAGAACCAAGAGAAUGUUGUACAUAGUAACAGCAAUAUUGUUGGAUGAAGAAUUGUAAAUGACUUAGCUAUUCUCAGCAGUACAAUGAUCUAAGACAAUCCCAAAGUAUUAAUGAUGAAACAUACUGUCUGCCUCCAGAGAAAGAACUGAUAUUGAUUGAAUACAGGCUGAAAGAUGCUAUUUUUUGCUUUCUUUGAUUUUUUUUCUUUUAUUUGAGUCUUCUUGUGCAAAAUAACUAAUAUAGAAAUAUUUUACAUAAUUUUACAUCUGUAGCCUAUAUCUGAUUGCUUACCAUUUUGGGGGGGAGUAGAAAAGGAGGGAAGGAGAGAUAGAAUUUGAAUUAAAAUUUUUAAGUAAAAAUGUUUAAAAAAUAAAAGAAAAGUGAUUAGACAUUUAAGUGCCACUAUUUGCAAUAUAUUCACUCUCCAUUCUCACUUCCAGUGUAUAUACUUCUUCACAAAUCCCUAACUAUUCAACAUAAACACUCUCAUUCAUGGAAAUUCUUUUUUAUUAUUAAAAGUUUUUAUUUUCAAAA